GGCCUUUCUCCUCUCCGCCGCGCCCUCCUCUCCGCGCCGUUCGAGUCCACACGCGGUUCGCCGACGAAGAGGCCCAGGCCGCCGCGCUCCGGGCCCGCGCCGGCCGGCUCGAGUGCGCGCCGCCCACCGCGACUAGCUGCUCAACACUCUCCUCGUCGCUACGGGCAACGGCCGUGAGGAGGAGGAGGACGCGCGGGAGGCGCGACAGCGUCAGAAUCAGCCCGUCUGAUCCGGCCGAGGCCUACGACGACACGGAUGUGGAGGCUCUGUCCGCCGCCGUCGCGCUAUAUGCCCCGCCCCUGCUCGCCGAGCCCUGCCUCUCGGUAUCUCCAUCCAUGUACGCUGCCGGGGACCCUGCAGGUCCAAGCUUGUCGGCGAGGGGGAGCGCAGACAGCAGCCUAGCCCAUCAUGGCGUCCACCAAGGUGCAGCGGAUCAUGACCCAGCCCGUCAACCCCAUCUUCCGCUUCCUCCAGAGCAAGGCGUGCAUCCAGAUCUGGCUCUUCGAGCAGAAAGACAAGCAGAUCGAGGGCAGGAUCAUCACUUUGUUCCGUAGCAACGCACGAGUAAUUUACUAGAGCGAGCGGCGUCGUGGUGAUCUCGCUGGCGAGCGACAGGAGGAGGACGACGGGCUGAGCCGAAGGAGGGCGAGGCGUCCACAUGCAGGAGGCUCCCCGGCAGAUCGGGGAGACAGUGCCAAGGCAUCACACCUCCAUUUUCUCGAAGCAGGGCAUGUGUGCUAUUUCUAAAAAAAGAAGCUUCCCUGUUGGCUGGCAUCCCUGAUGCUACACAGGAAUUAUGUAGAAAAAGAAAUGGCAUGUCAUAAUUCUUUGGAUGUAGACCAGUAGGGUCAAUUACAAAUUGUUGGCUGUAAAUGACUUUCAGUUUCUAGCUUUCAUAAAAUUUAGAUUUAACAGUAUGAUGUGGUUGAUGGUGGUCCUAUCUGCUGGUUCAAAUUAUCAUGUUGGAUAAUAUUGCUUUUACUAGCAAUUGCAGUGUUCUUACUAUUUUAUUUCCACAAAUA